AUGUCCACUCCGCAGGGCAGUCUGCGCCAGCGGAAUGUCCCUAGCUCUUCCAGCAGAAAGAAGAGUCCUGGCCCCGCUGGCCCGGACCCCGAGCCUGACGCCGUCGUCAAGGCCAGCAAGAAACCUGCCGGCCCCGGCUCCGAGCUGGAUUACAAGGUUGCCUUCACCCUCGUUACUAUCCUGGCUUUCAUUUCGAGGUUCUGGGGGAUCAGCCACCCCAAUGAGGUAGUCUUCGAUGAAGUCCACUUCGGCAAGUUUGCCUCAUACUACCUCGAGAGAACCUACUUCUUCGAUGUCCACCCGCCUCUCGGAAAGCUCUUGUUUGCCCUGAUGGGUUGGCUUGUGGGAUACGACGGGCAUUUUCACUUUGAGAACAUUGGCGAUUCCUACAUAGCAAACAAGGUCCCAUACGUGGCCUUCCGCGCUCUGCCGGCCCUCCUCGGAUCCCUCACCGUCUCGGUGACGUUUCUCAUCAUGUGGGAAUCGGGCUACAGUCUACCGGCUUGUAUUGUUGCCGCCGGCCUCGUGCUUAUGGACAACGCCCACAUCGGCCAGACUCGGUUGAUUUUGCUGGAUGCCACCUUGGUCUUUGCUAUGGCAUGCAGCCUUCUCUGCUACAUCAAGUUUUACAAGUUGAGGCAUGAGCCUUUCAGCCGUAAAUGGUGGAAAUGGUUGAUCCUGACCGGCUUCGCGCUCUCGUGCGAUAUCUCUACCAAGUAUGUCGGGCUCUUCGCUUUCGUCGCCAUAGGCUCCGCCGUCAUCAUAGAUUUGUGGGAUCUUCUGGACGUUAAGCGACCCGGCGGCGCCUUGAGCCUGCAGGAAUUCGCAUACCACUUCGGCGCCCGCGCUCUCGGCCUCAUCAUCAUUCCUUUCCUGUUUUAUUUGUUCUGGUUCCAAGUUCACUUCUCCAUCCUCACCCGAUCUGGACCCGGUGACGAUUUCAUGACCCCUGAGUUCCAAGAGACCCUGUCGGACAACGUCAUGCUAGCGAACGCCAUCAACAUCGACUACUACGACACCAUUACCAUCCGCCAUAAGGAAACUAAAGCGUACCUUCAUAGCCACGACGCGAAGUACCCCCUUCGCUACGACGAUGGCCGCGUCUCGAGCCAGGGCCAACAAGUAACCGGGUAUCCGUUUAACGACACCAACAACUACUGGCAGAUUCUUCCCGUCGAAGACGACCAUCAAAUGGGCCACCACGUCAAGAACCAUGACCUCGUCAGGCUUCGGCACCUGGUGACUGAUACUAUCCUGUUGUCCCACGAUGUUGCAUCUCCUUACUACCCUACCAACCAGGAAUUCACGACUGUGUCAGUGGCUGACGCCUACGGAACUCGUUCGGCGGAUACGCUUUUCGAGAUUCGGAUCGAGCAUGGAAAAGCCAACCAAGAAUUCAAGAGCGUCUCGAGCCACUUCAAGUUCAUCCACAACCCUAGCAAGGUUGCGAUGUGGACCCACACCAAGCCUCUCCCCGAAUGGGGGCACAAGCAACAAGAGAUCAACGGAAACAAGCAGCUCGCCCCCAGCUCCAAUGUUUGGAUCGUCGAAGAUGUUCCGUCCGUCCCAGAAGAUUCUCCUCGGCGGCAAAGAGAGGAACGCCAAGUCAAGUCCUUGCCCUUCCUGAGAAAAUGGUUCGAGUUGCAGCGUUCGAUGUUCUGGCACAACAACCAGUUGACUAGCAGCCACCCAUACGCCAGCCAACCGUAUCAGUGGCCAUUCUUGCUCAGGGGUGUGAGCUUCUGGACUCAGAACGACACUCGCCAGCAGAUCUAUUUCCUCGGCAACCCGGUCGGCUGGUGGGUCGCUAGCAGCUUGAUCGCAGUUUACGUUGGUAUCGUGGGUGCCGAUCAGAUUUCCCUGCGCCGUGGCGUGGAUGCGCUGGACCACCGUACCCGCUCCCGCCUGUACAGCUCGACAGGCUUCUUCUUCCUCGCGUGGGCGACGCACUACUUUCCCUUCUACCUAAUGGGGCGCCAGCUCUUCCUGCACCACUACCUGCCGGCACAUUUAGCGUCGUGCCUCAUCGUCGGCGCGCUGCUCGAGUUCGUCUUCAAUGCCGAGCCGUCGGCCGAGGAGCCAAGUUACCAGGACGUGAAGUCGGGCCGGAAGCCGGCCCCAGGCCCUCGGCACCACGUCACUGCUCGCGAGCGCUUCGCCGGCCAGAGCAUGGUCACCGCCUGGAUCGCGGCCGCUGUCAUCCUCGGCCUCGUCUUCGCCGGCUGGUACUUCUUCCUACCACUUACCUACGGCUAUCCCGGCCUCACGGUCGAGCAGGUCCUCCGCCGGAAAUGGCUCGGCUACGACCUCCACUUCGCUAAAUAG